AUGAACGCGCCUUCUCCAAACCUGCUUGGUUCUUUGCUGGAGUCAGCUGUUUCAACCCACUCUUCCCUGCUUGGCCGGGCCGUCCACGCGCUCAUUCUCAGAAUCCAUGACACCCCUCUCCCCUCCUUCCUCUGCAACCAUCUGGUCAACAUGUACUCCAAACUUGACCGCCUCAACUCAGCUCAACUCAUUCUCUCACUCACCAACCCCCGCACCGUCGUCACCUGGACCUCUCUCAUCUCCGGCUGCGUUCACAACCGUCGUUUCACCUCCGCGCUCCAUCACUUUUCUGACAUGCGCCGCGAGUCUGUUCUCCCCAACGACUUCACUUUUCCCUGCGUCUUCAAAGCCUCGGCUUCAUUGCACAUGCCCUUCGCAGGAAAACAGCUUCACGCCCUCGCCCUAAAGGGUGGCAAUAUAUUGGACGUGUUUGUGGGGUGUAGCGCCUUUGACAUGUACAGCAAAACCGGCCUUAGAGCAGAGGCUCGCAACAUGUUCGACGAAAUGCCGCACAGAAACUUGGCCACGUGGAAUGCGUAUAUGUCCAAUGCAGUUCAGGAUGACCGGAGUUUGGAUGCUGUUGCUGCGUUUAAAAAGUUUCUUUGUGUGGGUGGAGAGCCAAAUGCGAUAACGUUUUGUGUGUUUCUCAAUGCGUGUGCUGACAUGGGGGGUUUGGAGCUCGGGAGUCAGUUACAUGGAUUUAUAGUUCGGAGCCGGUAUCGGGAGGAUGUUUCUGUUUCAAAUGGGCUUAUUAAUUUCUAUGGAAAAUGUGGGGACAUCGCGUCUACUGAAAUGGUUUUUAGUAGAAUUGGCAGUGGCAGGAGGAAUGUUGUUUCUUGGUGCUCUAUGCUUGCUGCUCUAGUGCAAAACCACGAGGAAGAGAGAGCAUGUAUGGUCUUCCUAAAGGCAAGGAAGGAAGUUGAGCCAACGGAUUUCAUGAUAUCGAGUGUACUCAGUGCAUGUGCUGAGCUUGGAGGGCUUGAAUUGGGCAGGUCAGUCCAUGCUCUUGCUGUUAAAGCAUGCGUUGAGGACAAUAUAUUUGUUGGGAGUGCACUUGUUGACUUGUAUGGAAAAUGCGGAGGUAUAGAGAACGCAGAGCAAGUAUUCAGAGAAAUGCCUGAGAGGAACCUAGUUACUUGGAAUGCAAUGAUAGGUGGAUAUGCACAUUUGGGCAAUGUUGACAUGGCAUUGAGUUUAUUUGUGGAGAUGACAUCGGGCACCUGUGGCAUAGCACCGAGUUAUGUUACACUAGUUUCCGUAUUGUCUGCGUGUAGUAGGGCAGGGGCAGUGGAGAGAGGCUUGCAGAUAUUUGAAUCCAUGAGAGGGAGAUAUGGAAUAGAACCGGGUGCUGAGCAUUAUGCAUGUGUUGUGGACCUUCUUGGGAGGUCUGGUUUAGUUGAUCGUGCAUAUGAAUUUAUUAAAAGAAUGCCAAUUCUUCCAACUAUAUCUGUGUGGGGAGCUCUACUUGGGGCUUGUAAGAUGCAUGGGAAAACAAAGUUGGGGAAAAUUGCAGCUGAAAAAUUAUUCCAGCUUGAUCCUGAUGACUCUGGCAACCAUGUAGUGUUUUCCAACAUGCUUGCAUCUGCUGGCAGGUAA